UUAUAGUUUCAUCUCCAAAAACUCAUCCCAGUAAAAACUGUCACAUACUAUUCAAUUCUAAUUAUCUCAAAUCUAUGUUUGAUUGAAUAAAACUAUUUUCGUUUUGUUCUUGAAAGGUUAAAUUAUUACAACAGCUGUUGGGCUGAAAAGCUAGUCCAACUCCUAAUCGGUCCAUUCCAAUCCAAGAACAUGGCUUCUAGAAUUUUUAGGAGAGUUUUGACAACUCCAGCUAGAUGCUACAGCAGUCAGCCAAUCACAUGCACGCUCAUACCCGGAGAUGGAAUUGGACCCGAAAUAUCAGCAGCUGUGCAGAAAAUAUUUGCUGCUGCACAGGUACCAGUGGAAUGGGAAUCGGUGGACGUGACUCCGGUGCGGGGACCAGACGGCAAGUUCACCAUCCCUCAGGGCGCCAUCGACUCGAUGAACAAGAACAAGGUCGGCCUCAAGGGCCCCCUCAUGACUCCCGUCGGCAAGGGCCAUCGCUCGCUCAAUCUCGCGCUUAGAAAAGAGUUCAACCUGUACGCGAACGUGCGACCGGCACGCUCGCUGGCCGGCUACGAGACGCCCUACAACGACGUGGACAUAGUGACGGUGCGCGAGAACACCGAGGGAGAGUAUUCGGGCAUCGAGCAUGAGAUAGUUGACGGCGUCGUGCAGAGCAUCAAGCUGAUAACCGAGGAGGCCUCCAGCCGGGUGGCCGAGUUCGCCUUCAAAUACGCCAAGGAGAACGGCCGAAAGAAGGUCACCGCCGUGCAUAAGGCUAAUAUCAUGCGAAUGUCAGACGGCCUGUUUCUGCGGUGCUGUCGCGAGGCGGCCGAACGCUUUCCCGAGGUGCAGUUUGAGGAGCGCUACCUGGACACGGUUUGCCUGAACAUGGUCCAGGACCCGACCAAGUACGACGUGCUCGUCAUGCCCAACCUGUACGGCGACAUUCUGUCGGACAUGUGCGCCGGUCUGAUUGGCGGCCUCGGACUCACGCCCAGCGGCAACAUUGGCCUCAAGGGGGCGCUCUUCGAGUCGGUGCACGGUACAGCUCCCGAUAUAGCCGGCAAAGACCUCGCCAAUCCGACAGCACUGCUGCUCUCUGCCUGUAUGAUGUUGCGUCACCUCGAGAUGAACAAACACGCUGACACAAUCGAGAAGGCCUGUCUGGCGACGAUCAGCGAGGGCAAAUAUCGCACCGGUGAUCUAGGAGGCAGUGCAAAGUGCUCUGAGUUCACCGACGAAAUAUGCCGCAAAGUCCAGGCCUCCUAGAAAAAUAGAAAAUUAGUUAUUUUGUUCCCCGUCAUAGUUUGCAUGUUUACGUUCAACUUGAUCUAGAUGGCAGUGCCAAGUACUGAAAGUGGAUUUCCGCGUAUCAGUGGCCGAGUUCAGUGAAAAUAUUGUACUCUGGUGUGAUUAUUCAUACUCGCUAGGAUUAAUCUCAUUAUAACAGCUCUGGGAAGACUUUUCUCGCUGAACCGGACCAGUUUCUGAUACUGAUUCAUGGAGAUCCAGCUCAAGAGUACACUGACAAAUUAUUCUGGAAGUUGAGGAGCAAAUAGACGGCUCUAUAACUAGAAAAAUUGUUAAUCUGUUCCCCCUCUCACUGUUUAAAAACAAACAGAUAACAGUCGUUAUUUGUUGGAAGUCACAACAGUGAAAACGUUAUCUUAGUUCAACCAAUACAAUUAAUUCCUAUUGAAAUGCUAAGGCCCGGUUCCACAAAAGUCUGUUAAGUUUUAACCCUGAUUAAUUCCACGAGAACUAAUCAGAGAAGGCCUUUUAGAGAAGACGGCUUCUCUGAUUGGCUCUCGUUAAAUUAAUCACGGUUAAAAUUUAACCGGCUUUUGUGCAACCGGCGCUAACACUUGUUCAUUCUUUCUAUGUGUGAGUGCUACCGUACGAACCUUGGUAGUCUUUUUUGUCGAGUAGAAUAUGGAUUCAUUGAAAAGCAGGGUUCAAAAACCCUAGGGCUAGCUAUACACACAUCGAUUUUCGUUCGUACGAAUUUUUACCGUCCUUAUAAAUUCCAUUAGAUUAAACAGAUGAUGUUUGUCAAGUUCCCUUUAAUCUGGUAGAAAUCAUAAGGACGGCAAAAUAUCGUACGAACAAAAUUCGAUGUGUGUGUGUAACUGGCUUAAUUAAGUGUUUGGCUGAACCAGGACAUCCUGUAUACUUCCUAGUAUAUAGGAGGUCCUGGCUGAACGAACAAGUUCUCAGAAAAGUGACUGAACACAAUAAAAUGCAGUCAUAUUGCAUUGAUAUUAUUGAAACACACUUUAGACGGUUUCUUUGUCCACUGUCUCACGUUCAGCUUAGUCUCCAAUUAGAUGUUUUAAAAAUUGAUUGUGAAAAAUGUUUAAAACUUUUUCAUCAUGUUGGCAGCUCUCGAAUUACUUGAAAGUUUCUACAAUUUAUUUCUAAAUCACCACAUUCUUGUUUUGAUUUAAUUGAAAUAUGUAACAUAACUUGUUAUGUAAGAAGUUGGUUGCUAAACAAAUCUUGCGGUUAUGUCUAAUUAAUGCAAUCUUGUUUUGAACAAUGCAACCUUAGGAAAACAUUUUCUACUAUUUUGAGUGUGAAAUAUAUAAUGAAAAUAUGUUUCUCGUAGAUUUGACCUAAUAUUGAACGCUCGUUGAAAUUCUGAAGAAACAAUAUUUGGCUUGAAUUUCCUCAAGUGCAUGAAAUCCUAAAACAUUGAUUCAUGCUAUCAUUCUCAUUAAUAUUCACUGUGCUUUCUAUUUUCCUCUAGACAUUUUUUUUAUAAGUUCUUAGAUAUUGCUUUGGUGUAGGGGCACUAUGUCGAUAUGUUCGCUUUAUAGAUGAAAAAACUGUUGUUGAAUUUUUCUAUUGCUAUUUUUGUACUUUGAAUGUACAAAGUUAAAGCUUCAAACUAGUGUUAAAACAAACUAUACACUCAAUACAAGUGUUAGUAUUGUUUUUCUAGACAGUACUCGGCAAUAAUAAAAAUACAUUUUUAAAAUUUAAAAUACAUUUUUAUUAUUGUAGAGUUUGUAGUGUUCUCGUAUGAGUCCGCUUCAAGAUUCAAUUCGAUUUUCAAAAUUGAUGAGAGAUUUUGAAAAUUUUUCACAAACCUAUUAUUGUCAAUCGAGGCGUAUAUAUUUUCAAUUUUUAUCCUUCUAGAAGUUUGCGUAAAACUGAAAUUGCUAGUUAAUACUAACAGUAAAUGGUUUUAAAUGAGAACAUAUUAAAUUAUAAUAAACUUGACAAUAAAAUCAUAGUUUCAUAGCUUUAAUGUAACAGUUGUUCAUAUUUUUUAAAUCUUUGUGGAAAAGAUUCUCAUAUUGUUUACUCCAUGUUUCAUUUGUAUUUUCAGGUUGGAUAAUGUUGUUUGUUGAUUAGAUUUCCGGAAUAACCUUACUGCUUCUAAUAUUAAUUUAUUUGUUUUUCAAUAUUAUAUAUAUUUAUAGAUAUUAAAUUAUUAUUGGACAAACACACAUAUUGAUAAUAUAACUGUACUUGAUAUUAUGAUAGUGAUGGACAAUACUUGACAACAAAUAUUUUAAAUCAAAUAGUUUUAUUCAAAAUAGUGUCAUUUCAUGGCUAUUUCAAAUUACAAAACUACUUAAAUUGUAUUGCUUUUGAUUACUUCGAGUAUUAUCAUGUUUUGUUUAUUAAUUUAUUAUUUUCCUAGUGAAACUUCAAAUUUUGUAAAUUCUAAAUUCAAUGAAAACUGAAAUCAAGAUUUAAAAUUCUCUUGUGAUAGAUCAUCUUUGUCUCCGAUGUUAACAAACUUAAACAAAUUCUAUCAUGCUUGUAUUUGAUUCAGAUUGUGAGACGUGACAAAUUUUAGUGUUUUAUCAUAGCCAAUUAAAUUAUUGUAAUAUUGAUUGUUUAUAAACGCCAAUUUUAUUUGUAUUUAUCCUAGUAUUUAAACGAGUUUGCUUGUUAUUCGCAAGUAGUUUUAAUUAGUGAUUUUAAUAGCAACUUAGUAUUUUGAAAAUAUUAUGUUUGUGUUAUCACAGUGCUAUAAAUUAUUUAUUUAAUUAGC